AUGGAAGAAAAAGCUGGCAUAAUAAGAAGCACAAGUCGUCCAUCAUCAUGUUCAGCACUAGGGACGAUGAACAAGAAUUCACAAAUAAUAUCCAAAGUGAAGCCCCAAAUCCGAAUAAUUCACGUAUUUGCACCAGAGAUCAUCAAGACAGACGUGGCGAAUUUUCGGGAAGUCGUUCAACGGCUCACUGGUAAGCCAUCACUAUCAGAUAAGAAGAAGAAAGAAGUCAAUAUUUACAACAUGAAGCAAAUUAUUCCUGGCAGAAAUAAUAAGGUAUUAGAGGAGCCGUCGACCAUGUUGAACUGUGUGACCACCUUUCUUAACAAGAAAAUAGAGUUAAGGACUGGAUUUCUUAAUCCCUCAGGUGAAGAAGAGAGAUGGAGAAAUGCAAAUUCUGGUGGAGGUUUCUUGGAUGGUUUGAUGGAAGAGUUUAAUCAGUUUCCUUUCCUUCCUUCAGAUGCUACUCACAUGGAUGCCUAUGGUGAAUCCCAACUUGCUUAA